AUGGUUCCUCGCGUCGAACCACGUUUAAUUCCACCUCCAACUCCACGCGCGCAGUCCUCCAAUAGCACAAAACAUUCGACGAGGUCAUAUUCUUCUUCCUUCGAGGCCGAUGACGAGCGAUCCAGCACCGCAGACCACGAGAGUAUGGGGCCCGAAUCAGGCGCCGGUUAUCGAGAUGAACCGUCUCAGUAUGAGGGUGAGGAUACACGCUUGACGAGCCGGAAAGAGUUGUCAGGAUGGUACGCAUAUGCUUUUGCGGCCGAAGUAUUCGUGAUAUGUGGAAUGGGAUCAUUUAUUCCUAUUACUCUCGAACAACUUGCCAGUGAGAAUGGUGUCCUCUUGAAGGAUCGUAAAACACCAUGUUCAGCUGCCAACCGCGCCCCUGGACUACCAGGAGCAUCAAAAGACGAUGGUCCUUGUAUAGUGAACGUGGGGGGUUGGAUCGAGAUAAACACUGCUAGCUUUGCAAUGUACACUUUCUCACUGAGUGUUCUUUUCCAGGCAAUCUUGGUGGUAUCCAUAAGCUGCGCUGCAGACCAUGGUAACUACAGAAAGCGGCUGCUUUUAUUCUUUGCAUUCUCUGGUGCUGUGGCAACGAUGCUCUUUCUGGCAGUGGUUCCCAAAAUAUAUCUUUUCGGGGCGCUGCUAGCAAUGAUUUCGAAUACGUGUUUCGGGGCGAGUUUUGUUUUGCUGAACUCAUUUCUCCCGCUACUGGUCCGACAUCACCCAAGGACGCAAUACCUCUCCCCGGAAGCUACACCGGACUUGAGAUCGACACAUAUCGGACAACAGCCUCCUGAAGAUUCUCUCUCGAGAUCUGAUGAUAGUCUCUCCAUAAAUUCUAACGCAGCGCUUCUAGACGUACCAGAUGCGAUAAGUCCGAAGCCACCGGCGGAAAGCCUGACUUCCGUUGAAUUACAGCUAGCUACAGAGAUCUCUUCAAAGGGCAUCGGGAUUGGAUACAGCGCAGGAUUAUUUUUACAAUGCAUGUGCAUUCUGGUCGUUUUCGCCAUGGGUAGUUCGACCCUCUCAUUACGCGUCGCGCUCUUCCUCGUAGGAGCAUGGUGGUUCGUGUUUACCUUUCCAGCUGCGAUGUGGUUAAGACCUAGACCGGGACCUCCGUUGAGAUCUAUGAACCCAAACGACCCGAGUUCUACACGCUCAUGGUUUGCGUACUUCACCUAUGCGUGGAGCUCUCUAUGGCGGACCGUGAAACUGGCUCGUCGUCUGAAAGAUAUUGUGUUGUUCUUAGCCGCUUGGUUUUUGUUAUCGGAUGCGAUUGCUACAGUUUCGGGCACAGCAGUACUAUACGCUAAGACUACCCUACAGAUGAAAGCUCCAGCUCUCGGCCUUAUCAAUGUCAUUGCGACGACCGCAGGUGUAAUUGGUGCAUUCUCGUGGGCUGCUAUAUCACGAGGGCUUAAGCUAAAACCCCAUCAAACGAUUAUGGCGUGCAUCUUCCUAUUUGAAAUAAUCCCGCUCUAUGGUUUAUUAAGCUAUAUCCCUUUCGUCAAGAGAUGGGGAGUCAUAGGUCUCCAACAGCCAUGGGAGAUGUAUCCCUUAGGCUUCGUCUACGGGUUUGUUCUCGGUGGGCUAAGCAGUUAUUGUCGUGCUUUAUUCGGUGAACUCAUCCCCCCAGGAUCAGAAGCCGCAUUUUACGCCUUAUAUGCCAUUACCGACAAAGGAUCUAGUAUCUUCGGUCCCGCAAUUGUCGGAAUCAUAGUGGACCGUACAGGCAGCAUUCGCCCAGCCUUUUGGUUCUUAGCUGUACUCGUGGGUCUGCCCGCGCCUAUACUAUACUUUGUCGACGUAGACCGUGGCAAAGAGGAGGGCACUAAACUCGCCGAAGUUCUUGAAGGACGAAGACGCGAAGAGAGUGGGCUAUCCACUCCGCAUCAGGAUGAAGACGACCGUGAAGAUCGUGCAUUGUUAGCAAGUGAUGAUGAGGAGGAUGAAGAGCGGAGACAUCAGGAUUGA